UCUAGAGUUCUGCCUAGUCGAUGGGGCGGAGCUUCCUGUGAACACAUCAUGGCUGCCGCGUGAGCGAUGGAGAGGGGAGGAUAUUGAUAUACAUACAUAAACCCAUAAAAAACAACAUUCUGUUGCCAAUAGAGCUGUCCACUCUUUUAUUUGAAAAUAUGUCCUCUUCAAGUGAUGCUGGGAGCCUUCCUCCUCGCCGACGUCACAGACAUAUUGCACCAUCUGAUCCUGUAGCCUCACAGACAGGUUCUCCAGCCCCCGCCAGAGGUAGGCGGGGAGCUCACAGAGGUCGGAUUCUUGGUUCCAGAGUUUCCACCGGGCAGUAUGAGGAAGAAGUCUCCUUCUACAUUGACAAUGACCUCCUCAUUCAACUGGUGGAGGCGCGCUCAGCCUUGUGGGACCACACUGACCGCCGACAUGCAGACCACAAUGCGACCCGGCUCCUCUGGCAUGAGAUAUGUAAGGCUAUAGUGCCGAAUUGGGAGGACCUCAGAGACAGGCAACGGGAUCAGUGUCGGGCGCAGAUAAUGGUUCGGUGGCGGUCCAUCAGGGACCGAUAUAAGAAGGACUAUAAUGAGGAACUUCGGGCCCCGAGUGGUUCAGUUGGAACCUCAAGGCGGGAAUACCGUUAUCAUGCCGCUGUGGGGUUCUUGAGGAGAACCUUAGAGCUGCGAAGAACAACAGGCAGCACUCGGGCAUCCGAAGUUCUUCAAGAGGCGCUCCCUGAUGAGCCAGCUACCGCAGGAUCCUCUGGUCUUGGUCAGACAACUGGUCAGGACACUGAUGUUCCCCUAUCUGAACCACCUGGUGACCCAACGAUGGCCAGAUUGGCUCCUGUCUUUCAGGCCAACAUACGUCGCCAGAGCGUAGGUAGCAGCCGUCAGGCAGACUAUGAGGAUCUCACAAGGCUCGUUUACGAGUCCUUGAUGGGAUCUUCAAAUAGGGUUGCCACUUUGGAGAAUCGUUUGGUGCGUCUGCAGGAGGGGGCGGUGUCGGCGCUACAAAUGAGUCCAGUGCAGAACUUUUUGAAUUCUCUGGUCCCCGUGAUGGAACAGUUCACGCCCGACCAGUUGUUUGAGGCCCGCAGACUGGUGGACUGUGCCUUGUGGCAAGUGCAACAUCUCCCCCCAUCCUUUCCUCCUUCCCAGCCAUUUCCCCAAUCCCAGUCCUUUCUUCCAUCCCACCCCCCAUCCCACUCUCCCAGUGUUGCACCUGCACCAACACGCCCAUUUUUGCCCAACGUGGCAGAACAACCUGAGAACAGAGGGGUCCUGUAUUUAUUGUAAUAAAUCUGCUUGUCUGACUUUUUUUUUUUUUACAUUGUUUUUAUUGUGAUCAGGAGGAGAAUACAUUACAGUUAAGACAUCGAUAAUCACAAUGACAUAGCUAAAUGUCUCAGAUACCUCCCGAUCCAUUUUCUAUUUUUCUCCCUCCUUUCUAAAAACAUCCUCUCUCCUGAAACUUCCCAACCCCAACCCAACUAGAACUCAAGCUCCACAUUGAUCGUCGCUAAUCUUAUUGCAAUUCUCCUCAAUAGUUCACUUCUCACAACUUUUAUCAGUGUAAUCUGCCCUAUGUUCCUUCUACUUGGGCCUCCAAGUACCAUGUAGUUUGUUUGAAGGGGGCCAUCAACUGUAUUUCCACAUCUGAUUAUGAAAAUUCAAUAAACUUUCAAUUGAA